CACCUCUGCCUGGUGCUUGCGGUGGGCAGGAAGCCACGAGCUACAUGAACUGAUUGAGAGAGCUGAGAUGGGCUUUUCCUUUAGGAUUGCAUCAGCAGUUGCUGGUUACAAGUAGGAGGCCACCAUACCACGAGGAUGCUGGGAUUUGAAGAGCUAUGGUGAAAAGCCACUGAGUGUUGCCAAGGAUGGGAGUGGUGAGCAGCAAAAAGCAGGUCAAGGAGAAGGGUAAGGGCCCGUGGAGCCCUGUGAAGGACAGCACCCAGAGCAGAGAGGCCCCUCCACUGCCGCCCCUGGUUGUGUUUAACCACCUGGCUCCUGUACCUCCCGACACACACCCAGAUCAAGAAGAGCACUUUGUGGUGGCACUUUAUGACUACGUGGCAGUGAAUGACCGUGACCUGCAGAUGCUGAAAGGGGAGAAGCUGCAGAUCCUCAAAGAAUCUGGAGACUGGUGGUUGGCCAAGUCUCUCAUCACGGGACGAGAAGGCUACGUGCCCAGCAACUUUGUGGCCCGAGUAGAGACCCUGGAAAUAGAAAAGUGGUUCUUUAGGUCGAUCAGCCGGAAAGACGCAGAGAGGAAGCUUCUGGCUCCAGUCAAUAACGUGGGCUCCUUUCUUAUUAGAGAGAGUGAAACCAGCAAAGGUGCCUUCUCCCUGUCUGUGAAGGACUCGACCACCCAGGGGGAAGUGAUCAAACACUACAAGAUCCGCUCCCUGGAUGAAGGAGGCUAUUACAUCUCCCCCCGCAUCACCUUCCCCACCCUCCAGGCUCUGGUGCAGCACUACUCUAAGAAAGGGGAUGGUUUAUGCCACAAGCUAACCCACCCCUGUGUGAGCCUGGCUCCCCAGAACUCCUGGGCCCAGGAUGAAUGGGAAAUCCCCCGCCAGUCUCUCAAGCUGGUCAGGAAACUUGGGUCCGGGCAGUUUGGUGAAGUCUGGAUGGGUUAUUACAAAAACAACAUGAAGGUGGCCAUCAAGACCUUGAAGGAGGGGACUAUGUCUCCGGAGGCCUUCCUGGGCGAGGCCAACCUGAUGAAAACUCUCCAGCAUGAAAGGCUGGUUCGUCUCUAUGCUGUAGUCACCAAGGAGCCCAUCUACAUCGUGACCGAGUACAUGGCCAGAGGAUGUUUGCUGGAUUUCUUGAAGACGGAUGAAGGUAGCCGAUUGUCUCUUUCAAGACUGAUUGACAUGUCAGCCCAGAUUGCCGAAGGAAUGGCGUAUAUUGAGAAAAUGAAUUCAAUCCACCGAGACCUCAGGGCAGCCAACAUCCUGGUGUCUGAGACUUUGGGCUGCAAAAUCGGUGACUUUGGCUUGGCCCGGAUCAUCGACAAUGAAUACACUGCCCAAGAGGGGGCCAAGUUCCCCAUCAAGUGGACCGCCCCAGAGGCCAUCCAUUUUGGGGUGUUCACCAUCAAAGCGGACGUCUGGUCGUUUGGCAUCCUCCUGAUGGAAAUCGUCACUUAUGGGCGGGUGCCCUACCCAGGAAUGAGCAACCCCGAGGUCAUCCGCAACCUGGAGCGGGGCUACCGCAUGCCGCGCCCGGACUGCUGUCCCCCGGAGCUGUACCACGACGUCAUCGCCGAGUGCUGGCGGAGCCGGCCCGAAGAGCGGCCCACCUUCGAGUUCCUGCAGUCGGUGCUCGAGGACUUCCACACGGCCACCGAGCAGCAGUACGAGCUGCAGCCCUAGCCCGGCGCCGGAACGCGUCAGCGCCGCGGGGCUCCCGGGCCCAGCAUCGCAGCUCCGGAAUGCUGUGCACCUGGGGCCCGACCUGCAAAACCGACGAGGCCUGUUCAUGUCGCAGCUCUAAUUCCAGCAGGGUACAGGCUGGAAAGGCUGGGAGGGAUGGUACGCCCUUUAUUUCGAUGAGGAAACUGGAGACAGCCUGGUGGUUGGUCCAGAGCGCGGGUUCCCAGCGGGAUCCAAUUGCGGUCCCACUCCUCUCUGGCUUGUGUCCUUGGGCAAGUUACUUGGCCUCUCGGACCCUCGGCUUCCUCCUUUGUACAACAGGAGAAGUGAUAGUACCUACCUCCUCAUAGCACACAAGAUCUUCAGUGUUUGUCAUAUGAGGCUCCCCUGUGCUGGCACAGGUGGCCGGGAGUGCCUUGCUCCCACCUGCGUGCACCGCCUGCCACCUGAGGCUCCCCUUCACCCACCCCAGAAGCAGAACCGGGUCCUCCCACAAGUUGGCUUGGAAAAGCAUCCACCCGCUUGGGCUCUGGGAGGGGGGAUCCUUGAUGUAGACUGAGCUCCAGGACUUUGGGAUUUUUCUGUAAUAAAGUCACGAGCUCUGA